AUGGGCCGUGAUGAUGCCUUUGGAGAGUGUAGGAGGCAUAUAGGAGAAUGUAGGGGAGGAUAUCAGAAGAUUCUUCGUUGUCGAGCUGCCAAAGUGAAAAGUGAGAUUGCAGAAGGCGGUGCUUCUCCUUUCAGUGCUUCUUCUGGCGGAGGAGGAAGCAGGGGUGCACCUCAGCACUAUCUCAAGACUGCUGUCAACAGCGAGUUCCCGGGGAAAUCCCCAGGGCAAAACGCGCAGAAAUCGAUUCCUGCAGGAAACACUAGAUGAGAUGACAACUCCGUAGCAAACAACUACGCAAAUGAAAAAGAACGACAUGAUGCAAUCUUCAGGAAAGUAAGAGGCAUACUAAGUAAGCUUACUCCUGAGAAGUCUGACAAGCUAUGCCUUGAGCUCCUCAUUGUGGGUGUAGAGUCUAAACUCAUCCUUAAAGGGGUCAUACUGCUGAUUGUGGACAAAGCCCUAGAAGAGCCAAAGUAUAGCUCGCUGUAUGUUCAGCUAUGUCUGCGAUUGGCAGAAGAUGAACCAAACUUUGAUGGCCCAGCAGCAGAGGGUCAACCAGGACAGAAGCAAAGCACAACAUUCAGACGCCUCUGAAUUUCCAAAUUACAAGAUGAAUUUGAAAACCGAACCAGAAAUGUUUAUAUCUAUGAUAAGCAUGAAAAUCCCCUCCUCCCCGAGGAGGAGGAACAGAGAGCCAUUGCUAAGAUCAAGAUGUUGGGGAACAUCAAAUUCGUUGGAGAACUUGGAAAGCUUGAUCUUAUUUAUGAAUCUAUCCCCAAAACACUUUUGGAAAAAAAGAAGAGACUCCAACUCAAAGAUAUGGGAGAGGAUUUGGAGUGCCUCUGUCAGAUAAUGAGGACAGUGGGACCUAGAUUAGACCAGGAAAGAGCCAAGUCCUUAAUGGAUCAGUACUUUGCCCAAAUGUGCUCCUUGAUGUUAAGUAAGGAAUUGCUGGUGAGGAUUCGUUUCCUGCUGCAGCAUACCAUAGAGCUGAGAGAACACCAUUGGGUUCCUCACAAGCCUUUUCUUGACAAUGGACCAAAGAUGAUCAAUCAAAUCCGUCAAGAUGCAGUAAAAGAUCUAGGAGUAUUUAUUCCUGUUCCUAUGGCUCAAGGAAUGAGAAGUGACUUCUUUCUGGAGGGACCGUUCAUGCCACCCAGGAUGACAAUGGAUAGGGACCCACUUGGAGGACUUGCUGAUGUGUUUGGACAAAUGCCAGGUAGCGGAAUUGGUACUGGUCCAGGAGUUAUCCAGGAUAGAUUUUCACCCACUAUGGGGCGUCAUCGUUCAAAUCAACUCUUCAGUGGCCAUGGGGGAUACAUCAUACCUCCCACACAAUCACAGUUUGGGGAGAUGGGAGGCAAGUUUAUGAAAAGCCAGGGGCUAAGCCAGCUCUACCAUAACCAGAGUCAGGGAAUUUUAUCCCAGCUGCAAGGACAGUUGAAGGAUAUGCCACCUCAGUUUUCUAAGAAAGGACAGCUUAAUGCAGAUGAGAUUAGCCUGAGGCCUGCUCAGUCUUUCCUAAUGAAUAAAAAUCAAGUGCCAAAGCUUCAGCCCCAGAUAACUAUGAUUCCUCCUAGUGCACAACCACCACACACUCAAACACCACCUCUGGGACAGACACCUCAGCUUGGUCUCAAAACUAAUCCACCACUUAUUCAGGAAAAGCCUGCCAAGACCAGUAAAAAGCCACCACCAUCAAAGGAAGAACUGCUUAAACUAACCAAAACGGUUGUAACCAAGUAUCUGAAUAGUGGAAAUGCAAACGAAGCUGUCAAUGGUGUAAGAGACAUGAGGGCUCCUAAACACUUUCUCCCUGAGAUAUUAAGCAAAGUAAUCAUCCUGUCACUAGAUAGAAGUGAUGAAGAUAAAGAAAAAGCAAGUUCUUUGAUCAGUUUACUCAAACAGGAAGGGAUGGCCACAAGUGACAACUUCAUGCAGGCUUUCCUGAAUAUAUUGGACCAGUGCCCCAAACUGGAGAUUGACAUCCCCUUGGUGAAAUCAUAUUUAGCACAGUUUGCAGCUCAUGCUAUCAUUUCGGAGCUGGUGAGCAUUUCAGAACUAGCUCAACCACUGGAAAGUGGCACCCAUUUUCCUCUCUUCUUACUUUGUCUUCAGCAAUUAGCUAAAUUACAAGAUCCAGAGUGGUUAACAGAGCUUUUCCAACAAAGCAAGGUUAAUAUGCAGAAAAUGCUCCCAGAAAUUGAUCGGAAUAAGGACCACAUGUUGGAGAUCUUGGGAGGAAAGGGACUGGGUUUCUUAUUCCCACUCCUCAAAUUGGAGAAGGCACUGGUAAACAAAGUUGGAUCAUCCCCUCAAACCAUAUAUAAGUGGAUUAAAGAUAACAUCUCUCCCAAACUUCAUGUAGGUAAAGGAUUUGUGCACAUCUUAGUGGCUAGCUUCUUACAGUACAUUUCUAGUGAAGUAAACCCACCCAGUGAUGAAAGAGAUUCUUCCUCUUCUCCUUCCAAAGAACAGUUAGAGCAGGAAAAACAAUUGCUUCUUUCCUUCAAGCCAGUAAUGCAGAAAUUCCUUCAUGAUCACGUUGAUCUACAAGUCAGUGCCCUCUGUGUUCUUCAGGUGCACUGCUACAAUAGCAACUUCCCGAAAGGCAUGUUGCUCUGCUUUUUUGUUCACUUCUAUGACAUGGAAAUUAUUGAAGAAGAGGUUUCUUGGCUUGGAAAGAAGAUAUAACCCAAGAGUUCCCAGGGAAAGGCAAGGCUUUGUUCCAGGUGAAUCAGUGACUAACCUGGCUAGAAACUGCUGAAGAAGAAGAAUCAGAGGAAGAAGCUGACUAAAAGAAUCAGCCAAAGCCUU